AUGACUACAACAACAUUGCUUGUUAUCACCCUGCUUCCUUCUGACAGUUUGUCGAGCAUAGAACGCAAGCGCUUUGACCUCGCUGACGACCUACGAAGCUAUCGUGAAUGUGAACGUCUGUACUCUCCGUUCAACCUGACUGGUAUUACAUUGGUCUCUAUGAUGCUCUCGUCCGUGGUUCACCGCCCGUUGGAUCACUCUUGGUUCAAGCCCUUUAUGGAUAAGCUCGAGUCGAAAAGAUGCGAAAACUCUUCCCUGCUGCUUCAUCGUUAUGUCGUUGGUCUGUUUGCUGCAAGCGGUCACUGA